GCUCCGGGCCGAAAGCUGAACUCAGUAUGAGGCAGAAGGGCUGGGCAGGGAGUCAGGCUGGGGGAGCAGAGCUGCUGCUCCCUGGGACGCGGGAGCCAGAGGGGAGCAAGAGGGGCCGCCAGGCUGUGGAGGUGGAGGAGGGGCAGCGGGUCCCAGGGUCCUGCGGCUGUGUCCCCAUCAAGGGAGAGGUCAGAGAAUCGUCUGUGCCUUUGACCCCGGGGGCUGUGUUCCUGGGACACAUGGAGGUGACGUGUGCCAUGACCGAGCGAUGCCUUGCCAAACCCAUCGGUCUGGUGGAAGGGCCAGGCGGCCUGGGCCAAGGGGGCGUGGCCGCCACGCUCCGCACGGACAGCCAGGAGACAGAUGGCAAGUACGAGGAGUACGGGUACAACGCCCAGCUCAGCGACCGCAUCUCCCUGGACAGGACCAUCCCCGACUACAGGCCCAAAAAGUGCAGGCAGAUGACCUACUCCGAAGAGCUGCCCCAGGUCUCCGUGGUCUUCAUCUUUGUCAACGAGGCCCUCUCGGUCAUCCUGCGCUCCGUCCACAGCGUGGUCAACCACACGCCCUCCCAGCUCCUGAAGGAGGUCAUCCUGGUGGACGACAACAGUGACAAUGCGGAGCUCAAGUUCAACCUGGACCAGUACGUCCACAGGAGGUACCCAGGCCUGGUGAAGAUCGUCCGCAACAGCCGGCGGGAAGGCCUGAUUCGGGCGCGGCUGCAGGGCUGGAAGGUGGCCACGGCCCCCGUCGUCGGCUUCUUCGACGCCCACGUCGAGUUCAACACGGGCUGGGCCGAGCCUGCCCUCUCGCGGAUCCAGGAAGACCGGCGUCGCGUGGUCCUGCCCGCCAUCGACAACAUCAAGUUCAACACGUUCGAGGUGCAGCAGUACGCCAACGCGGCCCACGGCUACAACUGGGGCCUCUGGUGCAUGUACGUCAUCCCGCCCCAGGACUGGCUGGACCGUGGCGACGAGGCAGCGCCCAUCAGGACCCCGGCCAUGAUCGGCUGCUCCUUCGUGGUGGACCGGGAGUACUUCGGGGACAUCGGCCUGCUGGACCCCGGCAUGGAAGUGUACGGCGGGGAGAACAUUGAGUUGGGCAUGCGGGUGUGGCAGUGCGGCGGCAGCAUGGAGGUGCUGCCCUGCUCCCGCGUGGCCCACAUCGAGCGCAGCAGGAAGCCCUACAACAACGACAUCGACUACUACGCCAAGCGCAACGCCUUGCGGGCGGCUGAGGUGUGGAUGGACGACUUCAAGUCGCACGUGUACAUGGCCUGGAACAUCCCCAUGACGAACCCAGGGGUGGACUUCGGGGACGUGUCCGAGAGGCUGGCCCUGCGCCGCAGGCUGAAAUGCCGCAGCUUCCAGUGGUACCUGGAGAACGUGUACCCCGAGAUGAGGGUCUACAGCGACACGCUGGCCUACGGAGAGGUGCGAAACAGCAAAGCCAGCGGCUACUGCCUGGACCAGGGCUCAGAGGACGACGACCAGGCCAUCCUGUACCCCUGCCACGGGAUGUCCUCCCAGCUGGUGCGGUACAGCACAGACGGCCUCCUGCAGCUCGGACCCCUGGGCUCCACCGCCUUCCUGCCCGACUCCAAGUGUCUGGUGGACGACGGCGGGGGCCGGAGCCCUGCCCUGAGGAAGUGCGAGGAUGUGGCCCGGCCCACCCAGCGGCUGUGGGACUUCACCCAGAGCAGCCCCAUCGUGAGCCGAGACACCGGCCGGUGCCUGGAGGUGGAAAUGUCCCAAGAAGCCAACUUCGGGCUGCGGCUGGUGGUGCAGAGGUGCUCAGGGCAGAAGUGGGUGAUCCGAAACUGGGUCAGGCACAGGCGGCACUGACCCUCGUGGGCCUCGGGAGCCAUCGGCUGCAGCCAGGACGGGGGUCGCUCCCUCCCCUCGAAUCCACCGCAGCCCCGGGAGAGGGCGCCUCUGAGGCCUGGGGGGUGCCGCUCCCAACCACGUGCCUUUUCCGCGGUGAUCCCCAAAGGUUGCCCCUCUCCUGCAUGCGCAAAACCCUGGACUCCCCCCACCUGCGGAGGCAAACCCACCCUGGCCGAGGUCGGUGGGCCCAGGGGGUCUGUGCAGGCCGCCCACCCUCCCCAGCACCAAAACCCAAGGCGAAGCCAGGGGCGGCCCUAGGUAUCCCUGUACGGGCGGAAACAGGAGGGGCUCUUGUGCAACUGACUGCCACAGCAGGGCCCAGACCCGAGCGGGCAGCAGAGGCGCUGA